GCCAAAACUUUUGGAUGCGACGAAAAGGAGUACAGGAAGGGGUCCAUGCACCGCCGGAAAAGCUGGGUAACCACAGACUUUGGGUACGAGUUCUGCUUCGAGGCUCCCAAUGGGAGUGUGAAGUGGUACAAGGUGCAGGGGCACCUCAUCCAGGAGUGCACCCUUGGCAGCCAAUUUGAGGUCACCGGCUCCAUGCAGGAAGUCACUUCGAUGCUCAUUGACAAAGUCAUGGGCGACAGGUGGCAAAAGUGGUGGAGCCGCAUGUGCCACAUGGUCUUCGACGCCACGUUGCUAGUGGAUACACAAGAAUAUCGGGUGCUGAAUGCCUGGGGCGAGGAAAAGGUCUUUGGAUGCAAGCUGCAGUCGCACCACCCGCUGCUGCAGCUCAUCAAGCCAGAAGACACCGUCUCCCUGAAGGAGGCAUUCAACGAGGUGACCUUCAAGGGAUUCGAACGUGGCCGAACCCUGCACUUGCUGCGACCCGGAAAUCAGCGAGACACUCCGGCGCAGUGCUUCCUGCUGUCAGCGGACCAAGAGAAUCCCAACGAGUGCAUGAUGGGCAUUCGCAUGCAGGUUACCGCCUCUGAUGAGAAUGUCUCUGUCCUGUGGGAUGUGGCGAAGCCGAACCCAGUGCUGACCCUCGAAGACUUGGCACGGCUGAAAUCCGGCCUCAAGCGAUCGCACCGGCGUCCAUCACGGAAUCUACGCAACGUGCAUCAACGAUCGCUUCAUCCCAGGUCACGUACAUCUGAUCCCAUCGCAUCCUCGCACUCGCUCUCAAGCAUUCCCGAGGACUUGCAUGGUGAGUUUGAAGAUGACGAUGAUGCCCGGUCCGUCUCGGACAUGUCCGACAGAGGCUCGGAGGCUGAAAAUUCCAUGGCCGACGACAGCGAAAGCCGAUGCUCCAGCUCAGAGCAUAGCUCCACGUCCAAUGACGAGGGGAUGUCUGAGGUUGGCGUUUGCAACAGCAGUCCGGCAAGAUCUGCCAGCGAGGACUUCGUGCCCGGAGCCCCGCAUGACUGGAGUGCGAAUCCUUUUAACCUGUCACCAAAGAAGAGCCGUCUGCCCGACGCCAUCUCGCCAGCACGGGGAUCGAAGUAUGGGGGGGUACCCGCAAGGCAGCUUGCACCUGGAGCUCCCCUGCCUGUGCAGAGGAAGGCACGUGUCGGACCUCCCACCGUGAAGCUGCGAUGGUCGGGCCAGUCAUUCUCUGUUAACUUGGAUGACUUCUCCUCCAUCAGUGAGCUUCGAGCUCACAUUCAUCGGGUGACAGGUGUACCCGCGAUUCGACAGACGUUGAUCCUGGGUGGCCGAAGGCUCCCUAUCAAUGAGGACUCCUCGCCGACAAUGAACGAGCCAACUUGGCAGGAAAUCAAGGAUCUUGUGCGUCCUGGCCAAUGUUUGAUGAUGGCUGGUAGUGUCCCAGACCCUCUUGCCACAAAAGACUCAAGUGCUGCCGAACCUGCACAGCCCGCAGCACAGCCUGCGCAGCAGCCUGCGCAGCAGCCUGCGCAGCCUGCUCUUGAAGCUGCCGAAGUGACUGAAGAGCCGCUGCCCGCGUCUCCAACUGCAGCAGAACCUUCAGUCUGA